AUGCCGAUGCUCAAGGACCCUUCGACAAAAUACAAGAAGUUCAAGCCAAUUCACCUCCCGGAUCGGAAAUGGCCAGACAGGACCAUCGACAAGGCCCCGCGGUGGCUGUCGACAGACCUCCGGGAUGGCAAUCAAAGCUUGGUUGACCCAAUGAAUGGGGACCAAAAGUGGAAAUACUUCAAGAUGCUCUGCGACCUUGGCUACAAAGAGAUCGAAGUGUCGUUUCCUUCUGCUUCCCAGACUGAUUUCGAUUUCACAAGACGCCUGAUUGAGACCCCUGGGGCUGUGCCAGAUGAUGUCUGGCUUCAGGUUCUUUCCCCUUGCAGAGAAGAUCUUAUUCGGCGCACAAUCCAGGCCCUGAAGGGCGCUAAGAAGGCCAUUGUUCACAUCUAUCUUGCCACUAGCGAAUGCUUCCGCCGGAUCGUCUUCAACUUCACCGAGGAGGAGAGUAUCGAGCUGGCUAGUAGGUGUACUGCUCUUGUGAGAUCUCUGACCAAGGACGACCCAGAGCAGCAGGGAACAGAAUGGGCCUUUGAGUUCAGCCCUGAGACUUUCUCCGAUACGGAUCCCGAUUUUGUCCUUAGAAUUUGCGAGGCGGUCAAGAAGGCUUGGGAGCCUACGGUCGAUAACCCCAUCAUCUUCAACCUCCCGGCCACAGUUGAGAUGUCGACCCCGAACGUUUAUGCUGACCAAGUCGAGUACUUCUGCCGCAACAUCAGUGAGCGCGAGAAAGUCUGCGUUUCCCUCCACCCUCACAAUGACCGUGGCUGCGCAGUGGCUGCCGCUGAGCUGGCACAAAUGGCUGGUGCCGAUAGAGUGGAGGGUUGCCUCUUUGGUAACGGUGAGAGAACUGGCAAUGUUGACCUCGUCACCCUUGCCCUGAAUCUUUACACCCAGGGUAUCUCGCCCAAUAUCGACUUCUCCGACCUCAACAGUGUGAUUAAGGUUGUAGAGGAGUGCAAUAAGAUCGAGGUACACCCCCGUGCUCCUUAUGGUGGCUCCCUGGUUGUGUGCGCUUUCAGCGGGUCACACCAGGAUGCCAUCAAGAAGGGCUUCAACCUCCGCGAAAAGGAGGGCAAAGCCUACCACGAGCACUGGCAGAUUCCAUAUCUGCCGCUCGAUCCCAAGGAUAUCGGUCGUGAUUACCAGGCCGUUAUCCGUGUGAACUCCCAAAGUGGAAAGGGUGGUGCUGCCUGGAUUAUCCAGCAGCAGCUUCACCUUGAUCUCCCUCGCGGCCUGCAGGUCGCCUUCAGCAAGGUUGUCCAGGAUAUGGCCGAGAGGAAGGGUCGUGAACUGCUCCCGACUGAGAUCACCGAGCUCUUCCAGCAUACAUAUUCCCUGGUCCAAAACGCUCGGUUCCAGAUUGUCGAUUACACCAUCACCCCUGACCGGUCCACCUCUCCGGCACCUCCUGAGCCUGGCAAGACUCAGGACACCAGGAACCUUAGGAGGGUCUUUGAUGGCGUGAUUUCGAUUGAUGGCGUCGAAUACAAGAUCCGUGGUCGUGGCAACGGUCCCAUCUCGAGCCUGGCGAACGCUCUUCGGACGGUUGGCAUCGAUCUCGAUGUCCAGGACUAUAAAGAGCACGCCGUUGGAAGGGGCCGCGAUGUCAAAGCUGCUACCUACAUUGAGUGCAUCGCUGCAGGCUCCAGCGAGAAGGUCUGGGGUGUUGGCCUCCAUGAGGAUGUUGUCCAGAGCUCUAUCAAUGCCCUGCUGAGCGCUGCCAGCAACUUCUACAAGUCCGGCAGCCCCAAGAUUCCUGUACAGGCUGCUAACGGUGUCAAUGGCUCUGCGAAGAUCACCGACAUCAUCAACGCUCUUGAGGCGAAGGCGGAUGAGAUGUAA